UUAUGAUCAAUGGGAGAUUACCAACUCUUUGAUUAUGAGUUGGCUUAUCCAUUCGAUGGUUCCAGAACUUGGUGAGGGCUACUUGUCUAUGGAGACUGCCCAGGACAUUUGGGAGGCUGUGGCUGUUACCUAUUUCCGCAAAGGGAAUUUUUCACAGGCAUUUGAGUUGCGUCGCUCUAUUGAGAGCACACUUCAGGGGGAGCAGACUGUUCUUCAGUACUUCACUUUCCUCACCAACGGCUGGAAACGCCUUGACUACUUGGAAGACUAUAAGCCCGUUUGCCCUACUGAUUCUAUCGGGUACAAAAAGUUCAUCGCACGGGAACGGGUCUUUAAAUUUUUGGCCGGCUUAAAUGUGGAGUAUGAUCCAGUUAGGGGUCGAGUUCUGAGUAUGGACACUCUUCCUUCACUUCAGGAGGCAUUUGCCUAUGUACAAAAUGAGGAGAGUCGUCGGUCUGCGAUGAUGUCCCUUGUCUCUAUUGACCGUUCUGCAUUACUGUCUACUCCUCGAGAUGGCCUCAGCCUGCCUCCUCCGUUUGUUGCUAAGGAGUUUGUAUUCUGUGAUUAUUGCAAGCAGCCGCGGCAUACUCGUGAGACGUGUUGGAAGUUUCAUGGGACUCCAUCCGGGGGUCGAGGUGAUCGGUCUGGUUCUCGAGGAGGUCGGUCAGGCUAAUCUAGAGGACGUGGUUCCUAUUCCCGGGCUCAUCAGUCUAGUGCCGUUGAUACUCUUGAUUCUAAUUCUACUUCUGUUACCCAAGCUUCUGAUACUGAGUUGGAGGAUGUUUUGCGCCAAUUGUUGGACCGCCGAUCUUCUACUGCUCUCAGUACCGCUUCCUCGUCCUUUGCCCGCUCAGGUAACUUAGCAUCUUCUCCUUGUGCUUUCCUGUAUCAUACAUCUUUGCCUUGGAUUAUUGAUUCUGGUACCUCAGAUCAUAUGUCUGGCUCCUCUGAUCUUUUCUCUGUCUAUAAGCCUUGCAAGAAGCCGCGGCAUACUCGUGAGACAUGUUGGAAGUUUCAUGGGACUCCAUCCGGGGGUCGAGGUGAUCGGUCUGGUUCUCGAGGAGGUCGGUCAGGCUAAUCUAGAGGACGUGGUUCCUAUUCCCGGGCUCAUCAGUCUAGUGCCGUUGAUACUCUUGAUUCUAAUUCUACUUCUGUUACCCAAGCUUCUGAUACUGAGUUGGAGGAUGUUUUGCGCCAAUUGUUGGACCGCCGAUCUUCUACUGCUCUCAGUACCGCUUCCUCGUCCUUUGCCCGCUCAGGACCUUGUCACGGGGAGGACGAUUGGCAGUGGUAGUGCAGAAAAUGGUCUCUACUUCCUAGAUCAACCGGACAAACUUGCUUAUUCUUCCACCACAUCUUCUACUACCCCCGCUGAUUUAUGGCUGUGGCAUCGGCGUCUUGGGCAUCCCUCAUUUCAUUUACUUAAGCAUUUAUUUCCUUCUAGUUUCGCAAA